UAGUGUGAAGUUUUUGAUAAACAAACUUAAGAAUCUGAAAGGAAGAACAUCUUGAAAUAAUAGUGUUUUUAAUUUGCACAAUAUUCAUUGUUAAGCACUAAACCUAAUUGACUAUUAAUAAAUUUAAAUACCAAAGAGAAAAUUACAAAUAAAAUAGCAAAAUGGGCAGUACGGAUAAAGCUGUAAUUACAGGUUUCAUUUGCAGACUUUGCAGUAAAAUGAACCGUUUUGUGAUCCACAUUUACGGAGAAGAGGGUGAAAGAAUGAAACUCGCGGAUAAGAUCAAUGCUUAUCUCCCAAUUACGGUAAAUAUGAAUGAUCCGCUACCAAAAACUGCAUGUCUACAUUGUAUUGAACGAUUGGAAGCACAUCACGAACUAAUGGAACAGUUCAUGUUUGCUAGGCGGAGAUUACCUACUGAAAAUAAAACCUCGACAGUGGCAUCUUCUUCUACAGCGACUAUUGAUGCUGUACCAACAUCUAGUCCUCCUCCGUGUUGACAUGUACAAUCAUGAUAUUCUUUCCUUUUAUUUUUUUUAUUAUUAUUAUUAUUCCUUUCUUUGUUUUCUUCAACAUCAUUGAGUAACUUGAGUUUUAUCCAUAUUAUUUCCUCACUAAAUCGUUAUUAAGGUAUAAAACCGUUAAAUAAAAAUUAUGAAUUAAGUAGAAUAAUUUAACAUCAUCAUAUAAUCUACUUAAAAGCAAAUUUUUAAUAGAGUAGCCAAAUAUUAUCUUUACAGGAUAAAAU